UUUAUUCAAAUGUUCAUUGUUUAGUAUUUUCUUUCUACUGUUAAAAACAACAUAAAUCUGAACGAUGUUAAUGUUUACCAACUUUUGGAUAGACUUUAUCUUACUUUUCACUGUAUUAUUCUCAGUUUUUUAUUACUAUUGUAUUUCGACAUUCAAUAUAUGGAAAAAAAAGAAUGUGCCUUACGUCCGUCCAAUUCCUUUAUUUGGCAACUACUUGAACGUAGCACUGGGCAUAGAGAAUCCAAUGCAAACGUACAAGAAAAUUUAUCAUGAACUGGCUGGAUUCAAGUAUGGAGGUAUGUUUCAGAUGCGAACACCGUAUUUAAUGAUCCGCGAUCCUGAACUCAUUAACAAUGUAAUGAUAAAGGACUUUUCRUAUUUUACCGAUCGUGGGAUUUACUUGGAUGUCUCAAAUGAACCUCUGUCAGAAGUACUGUUUUUAAUGGAAAAUCCUCGAUGGAAAACACUUAGAAAUAAAUUGAGCCCCUCAUUAACAUCGGGAAAACUUAAACAGAUGUAUAGUCAAAUUGAAGAGUGUGGUAAAGAGUUGAUACUUAAUAUUUUUGCUCAGUUAAAGAAAAAUCCCAACGGAAUUGAUAUACGAGAUAUUUUGGCAGAUUAUUCAAUUGAUGUUAUCGCUACUUGUGCUUUUGGGCUGAAGUUAAAUGUAGCAAAAGAUGAUACUUCUUCAUUUCGCAGUUAUGGAAAAACCACAUUCGGGCCAAAUAUAUUUUAUUUCUUAAGAGAAAUAUUACUGAUGAUUUCACCAGCUAUUCUGAAAAUUGUAAGACUUCCUUUCUUCCCAAAAAGUGCAACUUCAUUUUUCGGAUCAGUAUUUAAAGAAACAAUGAUGUACAGAAAAAACAAUAAUAUAGUGAGGCAAGAUAUUGUUCAUGCUUUAAUGCAAACACAUCAAGACUUGGUUGUCAAUAGCAAUUUACCAAAAGAUGAAAGAUUAACGGAAACUCAAAUUUUUUCAAAUGCGUUUGGUUUUUUUGUUGCUGGGUUUGAAACUACAUCCUCUACUCUUUCUUAUUGUUUGUAUGAGCUUGCGCUGAAAAAAAACAUUCAAGAUCGAGUACGCGAAGAGAUAAAUUUGACAAAAUCUAAACACAAUGGAGUAAUUAAUCACGAUUUUUUAAAUGAUCUUAAUUAUUUGGAUAUGGUUAUAGCAGAAACACUCAGAAAACAUCCUUUACUGUUUGCUCUGUUYAGAGUAGCUACAAAAACCUAUCAUGUGCCAAACGAUUCAUUAAUAAUUGAGAAGGGACAGAAACUUAUUAUUCCCAUUUUUUCACUGCAUUUUGAUCCUAAAUAUUAUAGUGAUCCCGAACAAUUCAACCCGGAAAGAUUUACCACCGAAGAAAAGGCAAAACGGCCUAACGGCGUUUAUCUUCCAUUUGGCGAUGGACCUAGGAUUUGUAUUGGAAAACGUUUUGCUGAAAUGGAAAUGAAAUUAGCUUUAGUUGAAAUUUUAUCCAAAUUCGAAGUGGAACCGUGUGAAAAAACCGAAAUACCUAUAGCACUCUCCAAAUUAUCUGUGGUAGCGAUUCCUCAUGAUGAAAAACUUUGGUUAAAACUAAUUCCGCUCAAUGAAUAAUCAUUUAAUUAUUAUUUAUUAAUUAUUAGAUGUAUAAUGUGGUGAAUUGAUUAAAGUAAUUUAAAUA